AUGCAAAAUGAAAACAACGAUAUCUUAAAAAGUUGGACUGGCCUUUCUCAGUGCACGACAAUAUUUGACAGUGAAAAUGAUGAGUUGACAGCACGUGGUGUUGACAGCAAAAUAACAGGUAAAACGAACAUUGUGUUUCUCGUUGAGGAUACAAGAGGAAAUGUUUUCGGUUCUUUCCACGGGAUCAUCCCACCUCCCGACAAAUUGAUUUCAUCAAAGGACGACCCAAAGCACUUUGUUUUUACACUCAAAAAUCCACAUAACAUCCCACCCACAAAGUUCCCCGUAAAAGACACCAAUGGUGAUGUUCUACAUGUUUACGACAGCAGUGACUGUAGAAACGUCUUUAACGUUCAGUCAGCCUUUGGUGUGACUUGUGAUUCAAAAGUUUUUGUGUAUGAAUCCAUCAUCAAUGGCUAUACCAACUUGCCGCCAAUUGGGUGCCGAGUUCUUGUGAACGACAACAACAAGUUUUUCGAUAUAAAGAGGCUUAUCAUUCUUCAAUUUAAUUGA